UGGGCCCAAACAGUAAGGUCUCCGCCGACCGGUCCACAAAACCCCCACACUACACGAGCAAAGAGACUCACUUCCUCGCUUCCCCUCUCCUCUGUUCGCUCCCCCAAAUCCCUCCUAGGGUUUUACAAUCCCCUCCGGCCUCCGCCAAGGUUCGCCCGCGCGCCCGUCCUCGCCCCACCACCAUGACGGUCGCCGAGCUUCUCCGCGCCCAGCUCGAGGAGCAGAGGAUCGAGGGAGAUGAGCCUAUCCUUGAGGAGGAGGAUGACGAUGAUGAAGACGAUGACGAGGAUGAGGAUGAAAAAGAUGACGAUCGCGUUGAGGGUGGUGAUGCUGGUGGAAGUUCUAGGCAGAGUAGGAGUGAGAAGAAGAGCAGAAAAGCCAUGGAGAAGCUUGACAUGAAGGCCAUUAUUGGUGUGAGCCGUGUAACUAUCAAGAAGAGCAAGAACGUUGUGUAUGUCCUCUCCAAGCCAGACGUCUUCAAGAGCUCGCAGUCAGACACCUACGUCAUGUUCGGGGAGAUCAAGGUCGAGGACCCGAGCACUGAGCUGCAGACACAAGCGGCGGAACAGUUCAAGGCACCAGGCCUGAGCAGUGUGGUCUCAAAGGGCGAGCCGUCCGUGGCAGCAGCCCAGGACGAUGAGGAGGUCGACGACACUGAUGUUGACAAGAAGGCUUCCCUCCUGAAAAAUACUGGGAGGCUCGAACUCCUAAGGUUCCAUACGAUUUCUCGAGAUGAUGCGUUUCCGUAUGCCUUCCAUUCAUAUUUCAUAGUGGAUUGCAUCGUCUAUUGUCACAUCUCUCUCUUUCUCCCUCUCUCCCUCCAUCUCCCUAUCUCCCUCCCUCCCUCUCUCUACCCUUGACCAUGUUCAUGUUUGUUUAGGUUCUAGUACUAUACAGAUAACAAAGGUAGAGGCUACAAGAGACUACAGAGAGCAAUGCUUUCUUUAUAAGUGGCGUUCAUGCUUUGGCUGAGAAAGGUUGGUGUGCAUAUUAUCAUUCAUCCAUAAAUUUUCUGAGCCAAUCUUGCAGUGCAUGUUGUACUAAGCCUUAA